UGGUUUGUUUGUUUGUUUCCAGAACACUAACUAGAAAUGAAAUUUACCAUGCAGACCACCACUCACGUUAAGGAAAACACUGUAUUUUCCCCCUUUUCUUGCCACAGUCUUCUGCUGGGGGAGAUCCAGAGAGGGCUUGUUAUCUACAUAUGCUUCUUCAAAGGUGCUGACGAGGAUCUUGUCCCAAAAAUUGUCGAUACGCUGUUGAAUGUUAAAUUAAGUGAAAAUGAAAAUGGCGAGUUUGUCUCUGUUCUUGAUUUACCAGGCGAUGUACUCAUCAUACCACAAGCCACCCUAGGUGGUAAACCAAAGGGAAGAAGGAUGCAGUACCAUGCAAACAUUGAAAAAGAAAAAGGGUUGGAACUUUAUUCUCAGUUUGUGACUCUGUGUGAAAAAGAGCUGGCUGCCAAUGCCAAAUGCAUGGAAGCUGGUGUUCUUGUCAAGCAUGGCACAUAUGGAAACAGGCAGGUGUUAAAACUGGAUACAAAUGGACCUUACACUCACCUGAUCGAAUUUUGAAAAAAAUAAAUUGUAUCCCAAAUACA